AUGAAUUCUUUAAAUGAACCCUAUGAUCAAAACACUCCCAGGCGACGAAGGCUUGGUAUAAAGAAGAGUUAUAAAAUAAGUCAAGUUUCUAAAAUAAAUACUUCUCUUAUAAAGAGUAACCCCGUAAACCAAAGACUUAAUUUAACGAAUAAUAUUAGGUGCGAAUCGCCUCCUUUGCCGUGCAAUCAAGUAGAAUAUAUAUUGGGCGAAUCAGCAGAUUCAUCUUUAAGUAGUGAGAUUCCUUGUUCUCCAGGAAUAACAGAUUCUUGUUUUAUAGAAAAUAUAAAUUGGGAUUCUUUUGUACAUAAUAAGAACGACAAAGAUAAAAAUGUGGACUCUGCUAAUUGUUCAAAUGUUAUAAACACAACAGUUAAAGAAAAACAUACUCAAAAUGAUGUGUGUCAUUUGACUUCAAACACUGAAAAACUAUUUAAAGACGAAAUUGAAGAGAGUUUUGAUAAAAUAAAUCAAUCGAUAUGCCAUUAUAAUAGUACUAAUGUUAAUGCAAGUUUUUUUGAAAGUAAAGAUUCAUUCUUACUAGACAUAAGAGAAAGUGAUAUUUUGGCCGCUGAGGCAGAAGCCAAAUCAAUUCCUGUACCAAAAGCAAAGCCAGUUACAAAUCAUGAGGGUUUUUAUGGACUGCCGAUGAUUGUCAAAGGAUUGUUUAAAACUUAUAGAAAUAUUGAAAAGUUUUAUGAUUGGCAGGAGGAAUGCCUUAAUCUGCAAGCUAUAAGAGAUAGACGUAAUUUGAUCUAUGCUCUACCAACAAGUGGCGGAAAAACUCUUGUCGCUGAAGUACUCAUGUUGAGAGAAGUGAUCAAUAGAAAACAUAACGCCAUAUUUAUACUGCCCUUUGUUGCUAUAGUACAGGAAAAGAUAUGGGCGCUAGCACCAUUUGCACUGCAACUUGAAUUCUUAUUAGAAGAAUAUGCUGGAGGAAAGGGUCACCUGCCACCAAAGAAGAGACGAAAAAAGAACACCAUAUAUAUAGCCACUAUAGAGAAGGGCUUGGCUCUGGUCAGGAGUUUGAUAGAACUUAAUAGAUUGAAUGAAGUUGGACUUAUCGUUGUUGAUGAAUUACAUCUCAUAGGUGAGGCGGGUCGAGGCAGUACACUGGAGACAUUACUGACUACCGUCAUUUUCGCAAAUAAAGGAAUCCAGAUAGUUGGAAUGAGUGCAACGAUAGGUAAUUUGCCGGAUUUAGGGCAUUUUUUGAACGCUGAGAUAUUUGAGAAGCAGUUUCGGCCGGUGGAGCUUAAAGAAUACGUGAAGCUUGGAGACGAGCUGUACAGGAUCCGCGAGGAUAUGGAACUGGUGAUGGAUAGAAAACUGGCUUAUGAUUAUUCCCCCGCGGCCUUGUCCCUAGACCCGGACUUGCUAGGCGGGUUGGUUUCGGAGGUGGUUCCUUCGAGCUCGUGCCUCGUGUUCUGUCCGACCAAGAGGAACUGUGAGAACGUGGCCGCCUUACUGUGCCAGUUACAGAGAAAGGACAUGUCUCAACAUCGUACUGAGGAACGUGUAGCUUUACAACGGUCUCUAUACAACGAGGGCGCAGCCCCGGGGCUGGUCCGUGCGGCGGCCGCGGGGGUCGCCUUCCACCACGCGGGGCUCUCGGCUGAUGAGAGGUCACUCAUAGAAAAUGCUUUCAGGUCCGGCGUGAUAUCAGUAAUAUGUUGCACGUCCACCCUAGCGGCGGGCGUGAACCUGCCAGCCAGGCGGGUUAUAGUCCGCGCGCCUCUAGUGGGCCGACAGUUGCUCUCGAUGGGCUCAUACAAACAGAUGGUGGGGAGAGCGGGGCGGGCCGGCGUCUGUGAGGACGGCGAAAGUAUCCUCAUCGUGUCUCCUCGUGAAUGGCCCGCGGUCCGAGCACGUCUGUCGCAGGGUAUUCCCCCAGCGUUGAGUUCCCUCAAGAAUUCAACCGACGAGCUGCUUCUCAGCGCUGUGGCCCUCAAUCUGUGUACAGAUCGUAAAGCGCUUAAAGCUCUUCUGGAGUCUACGCUGAUGGCUAUAGCGCCGGAGGAGGGUUCCGUGGAUAUUGACGAAGUAUGCAAGGAGUCCAUCAGUUCUUUGUUGAAGAGUGAAGCGCUCCAGGUGGUGGGGAGAGAAGGACACGUGGAGGAAGAUGACUUACAACUGGCUGUUAGUACGGUCGGUCGGGCGGCUGUUAAAGGGUGUUUAGAUCUCAUAAGAACGAAGCAGCUAAUGAAGGAAUUGGAGCAGGCGUCUAAAGGUCUUGUAUUGAUGGGCUGUCUGCAUCUAUUGUUCCUGGUGACGCCUCAAGACGUAGCUAUAAGACCCGACUACAGACACUACUAUACACUAUACAGUAACUUAGAUGAAGAGGGUCUACAGACGGCCGGCGUGCUCGGGAUCACGGAGCAUAAUGCUGUGAGAAUGAUGACUGGGAAACCUAUUACUAAUGUAUCAGAGAGCGUGUUGAACAGGUUCUACGUGUCGUUAAUGUUACGUGACCUCUACAGACGGAUGCCGGUCGCCGCUGUCUCAGAUAAGUACAACAUCCCCAAAGGUACUAUCAGUAGUCUAUUAUCAUCAGCGGUGGCUCUCUGUUCGGGAGCUCAGCGGGCGUGUGUGGAGCUUGGUUCAUGGAUGUACGGAACACUGUUCGAUGAACUCUGCUCAAGACUCAAGCACUGCGGCGCGCCGGAACUAGAGGCGCUCAUGGAACUACCCGCGGUCAAGAAGGGUCGCGCGCUCCAACUACACAAAGCCGGUUUCCGUCGCCUGGAGGACAUCGCGCGCGCCUCUCCCGAGGACCUCGUGGCCGGGGUCACUCACCUGUCACGAACCACCGCCGAACAUCUCAUUAGCGCUGCCAGGGUGUUACUCAUCGAAAAGGUGGAAAAUCUACGUGCGGAAGCCGAAGACGUUAUGGAUGAAUUGAAUCUAUGA